AUGGUGUCGAUGGCGAGAUUUGAACCCGGGCACGAUUGGUUGAAUGCGACGGCUCUCACCACUGAGCCACCCUUGAUCCCUUUUUUGGUAAUUGUCGGAAAAUGAUCGGAAACUUUUGUACACCCUUCGGACAACAUGCGGAAUUUUUUUUUUUUCGCAAAUCAUCGAAAAGUUGCUUGUAGUCGACAAGAAAAAAAGUCUAUAAAAUUACGCUUGACUGACGGUGAUCUGGUGAUUUCCUUUGAUGCCCAGGUGCCGUUUAAACACGACUCUUUGUUGGUGGAUAAAAAGGAAUUAAAGCUGACCAAGGCAGAGAAAAGAGAGGCGAAAAGAGGUAAAAGACCUAUUUUAAUCAGCUUUUAAUAGCGAAGCUUCACGCGUUCGCGAAGUGCGCGCGAGCGGAGCCCUACAACAAAGAAAAAUUGGUAUCUAUCCAUCCGAGAAAUUGUGGUAGUCAUGUGACCGUCCGCACCACAGGAUGUCUCACUUUCUGGCUAGAGUCGGAGCCUGCAACCUGAUACUGAACGUGCAUGUUUUGUUCAAUUGACAGCGGUCAAAAUAGGGUAUACGCUGACGAGUAUCACAUGACCGUAUCGUGGGUUCAGGUUACUAGUUUUCAACUGAUUGCAGGCUCAACUCGGCUCCAAGUGGAUUUCUUUGCAACUGUUACAUGCUUAAUGUUUGAAGUAAAUUAUAAACUUAUUAACGGGAGCUUCGCCUUUAGCCUUGGCUAAAUCUGUAUAUUAAACGUUUAUAUGUAUACAUCAUUUAUGAAAAAAAUAAAACAAAGGGCAAAUUCUCUCUAGGCGGCGCUGAUCAUACAAUGAGAUAGAAGAGAAAGAUAACCCGCAAAAAUAUUUUUGAUGCCAUUAAACUGUUAAGAACGUGUAUAACUUGCAACAAAUCAUUGGCUGUUCGUAUUCAGUGCCAAAGUGAGUGUAAGUCUUUUUAGUCCGUCAAAUAAAUACCUCAGUCUCUCUAAUAAAAGCCCUCUUUAGAGUUUUAGACUUUUAGAAUAAAUUCGAUAAUACUUUCCUACACAUUUAUUUCUAAGGUUAUGAAAUGGAGAAACGACUAUCCAUGCAGCAACAAGGGGCGCGUGCAUACUGUCCCGGUGUUAUACAACCGGUUUAUAACAGGUAAGACCAGUUGAUAACCGGAAUGAAUAGUCCUUGCUUUUACAGAGUUUGUCACACAAACUGAUCUUAGAAGGACAGUAGGCUAUUUCCGAGUUGUGCCAAGCCUCUCUUUCAAAGCGAGGCUAAAUGUGAAACCAUUUAUAUGAAAAUGAUUGUUUCUUCUCAGGCGAAGAAAACUCAUUUUCACAAGAAAGGUUUUGCGCGUAGCCAUGGUCCGAAAAAGAGGGUUUUGGAACUCCGGAAAUUCCCUGUUCUUUUUAUUACGUAAACACAGCUGAACUUGUUAUCUUCACUCGUGUAGAUCACUUGUCUUUUGGGAAAAAAAAAAAAACAAACAAAAAAUGUUUUGUUAGCAAAUCGACAACAGCCGAUUUUUUUUUAUAGUUUUGUCGUCCGUUUCUGUUGAAGUUUCUUGGAGAAUCGUGCGCGAGAAAGGGAAAAACAAAUGGCGCCACCAUGACGUCAUUUUCUUGGCCUGUACUCUUAUCGAGCAUAGCUCUCCACCAAUCAGCGCGCGAGAAAUCGCUCAGUUAUCUUGAAAGCGAAAUUUGAAAUUUUGUUUUUUAAUUAAUUAUUUCGAUGAGAACUAUUGGCAGAGAUGGAAUCUAUGAACGUCGGAAAUUUUUUUUGGUUCUCAUUUGNGAAUGAAUCUAAUUAUCUGAGCAGGUAUCUUAUCUCACUGAUCAGGAAUUAACUUUAUAAAUAGCAAGGUUUUGAGCGAAGCAAAGGUGCGACAUAGCAGGUUUUGGAUAUUGGGAAAUUCACUGUAAUUUUUAUUCCGUAAACACAGCCGAAAUUGUUACCUUCACUCCCGUAAAUAACUUGCCUUUUGGGAAAAAAAAAAAAACAAACAAAAAAUGUUUUGUUAGCAAAUCGACAACAGCCGAUUUUUUUUUAUAGUUUUGUCGUCCGUUUCUGUUGAAGUUUCUUGGAGAAUCGUGCGCGAGAAAGGGAAAAACAAAUGGCGCCACCAUGACGUCAUUUUCUUGGCCUGUACUCUUAUCGAGCAUAGCUCUCCACCAAUCAGCGCGCGAGAAAUCGCUCAGUUAUCUUGAAAGCGAAAUUUGAAAUUUUGUUUUUUAAUUAAUUAUUUCGAUGAGAACUAUUGGCAGAGAUGGAAUCUAUGAACGUCGGAAAUUUUUUUUGGUUCUCAUUUGCUUGUUGUGUUUUACACUUACUUGCGUCGCUGAAGCACUCGUAAAUUUACCCAUGCCUAUAUUUCUCCUUUCUUCGUCCGACAUUUUUCGUAGUUCCUUGGCCACAAAGCCUCGUUAAUAAUCGUCUUCCGGUUUGUUUCUGGGAUCGUGAUAUCCGUGUUAACUUGUCUUUGAUGCUAUUUCAUCAUGCUCGCGUGCUACUCACAUAAAGAAAGAGAAAAACAGCCGAGAAAAUGACAACCUCGUUCCCAGGGCCCUCUCUCGCUCCAGAGGACGAGCAGGAGAGGAGCCUGGGAACGAGGUUGGGAAAAUGAUUGAUAUGUUCUUGCAUUUUGUUUUAAACCGCUUUUCUAGACCCAAUCAUGUUUAUGUACCAAACCCAGUUAAUCCAGCUGGACCAAUUUCACAGCAAUGCAACGACUCAGCUUCCAUCUCAUCUCAUCAGCAAAACGUUCAUCCUUACCCCUCCCCUGUGGCACACCUCCCCAUCCCUCUCGCUUCUUUGGUCCGUGCUGGCGUUCCUGUUACACAGUUGGGGCAGUCUUUGCCCUCGGCUCUUCUAAACACCCUGUCGACGUCUGCAAAUACGACGCCAACAACGAGCACUUCCGCUUCUAAAGACGACGUGGUAAUGAUUGACUUAGACGAACUGCCGUCUCCGACCAAACCAUUGCAAGAACCUAUCCUGACACAGGGUACCCAGCCGAAUAGCGACUUGAUGAGACUGGCUCGUAACGCCUUCCCGAAUGUUUCUCCAUCGUUCAUUGGUUUGUUGUUGAAUCAAGGGAACGCGCGUGGGAACUCGCAAGAAAACGCGCGUGCAAACGAGGAAGGUACAAAUUCUAAAGAUGAAAACAAAGCCGCUGAAGCAACUGAUGCGACGGUUGCUAGUGGCAACAAGACGUCAGAGACUGGGAAUACCGCUGACAAUGUUCAAACGUUGAGAGGGCUACUUGCUCCAGACCCAGCGGGGAAACAAGUCAAUGACGAGUCAGCCUCACCGACCUCUCCCACAGUCCAAGACGGAUCUAUUGUCUCCUCUCCUAAAGUUGAAGGAGAAGCUUCUCCGCAAAGACCAGUCACCGAUCAGAAGCCGUCACCCACCCCUCCCGUUGUAAAUGACGGAACCGAUGAUCUGGCAUCCCAAGAGGGGGUCAGUACAGACAUUGAAAGACCUGAGGCACGUAACACGCUGCUAUCUGAAGGGGGUCAUAGUGGAGAGCCAGAACUGCCCAAGUCAUCGUCUCCCACCACUUCCGUUGAAAAAAAAGAGAACACUAUCUAG